UCUAAGCAAGCCUAAGCCCAAUUCCAGCACCAUUUCAGAUAAUUCCUCAACUGCGCGGCGGGCUGAGCGUAGAACAGCGGAAGUCCGAAACCCCGAGCUCUUCGGGAAGGGGAGGGGUCGUCAGCCGCGUCAGAUCACCGCCUGGCGUGGCGUCCACGAUCCCAUACCUGGGUCCCACCUGAUGACGCAAUACACCGCCUAACGGCGUUGCCGGAAAUGAAUAUAUUUCUCCGAAAGAGGAGAUAUAAACAAUAAUAUCCCAACGACGUCACCAGUCGUCCCCAGCUAGCAGUAACUUUCACCUCUUCAAUCGGUUCAGCUCAUACUCUUGACUACACUGCUAUAUAACCAAGCAGAUUUUGAUAUUUCAAUUUUCAAGUAAUUUUCCACCAUUUCCGCCUGAUUGGAACCUCCGAGAGAAGUGGCUAUGGCGAUCGCCAACGCUUUCUUCAGUCCUGCUGCUGCUGCUACCUUAGCACCUGUUCGAUCCAAGUUGUCCCAUUCCGAUUGUGACUUCUCUGCUCCUCACUUGAAUCUCUCCUUUUCCACCUCCUCGUCUAAACUCACCCGCGGGUUAUUUCAUUCCGGAAUCACUACCAAAAAGAAUAUUAGUUGCGCUUCGAUCGAUGGUGUGGAAUCAGUUAGUUCAGCCUCAUUGAAAUCAGAGCAGGAUAGAGAUGGUAUUCCUAUGCCUAUUGUUCUGAUAGAUCAAGAUUCUGACUCUGAUGCAACAAUAGUACAAGUUAGCUUUGGCGAUCGUCUUGGUGCUCUCAUUGACACGUCUUGGUUUUCUCUGGAGCAGAUGAAGGCACUAAAAGAUCUUGGUUUGGAUGUUGUGAAAGGAACUGUCAACACUGAGGCCUCAGUGAUAGAAACAAAAUUUUUCAUCAUGCGUCUGGCAAGUGGACGCAAAGUUGAAGAUCCUGAUCUUCUGGAGAGAAUUCGUCUUACCAUUAUCAACAACCUGCUGAAGUAUCAUCCAGAGUCUAGUGAGCGUCUUGCAAUGGGUGAGGCUUUCGGAAUAAAAGCACCGGCAAAGAAGCUUGAUGUUGAUAUUGCUACUCAUAUACAUGUCAAGGAUGAUGGACCUGCAAGGAGCUUACUUUAUAUUGAAACAGCUGAUCGGCCUGGGCUGCUCUUAGAGAUGAUCAAAAUUAUGGCUGACAUCAAUGUUAAUGUGGAAUCUGCUGAAAUUGAAACAGAAGGUCUAGUAGCAAAGGACAAGUUUCAUGUCAGUUACAGAGGGCAAGCAUUGAACAAUUCCUUGUCUCAGGUUUAUUGCACUAGUCCAGAACAGAAAGAUAACUAAGAGUUCGAGUGCUAUUUACUGAUUAGUCCUUGAUGAACUUGCACGUUUUUUCCUUGGAAACUUGCAGCUGAAAUGGUUCAAUAAAAUUUAUGUUUUGCCUGAAUAAUCCUAUAGUUAAGGUGAAGAGCCUUUGAGAUUUACUCAUAAAAUAAGGGAAGUGGCAUUUCUUGAUCUAGAGGCAUGUCUUGGGAUCUUAGGCAAGAUAACAUGUGUUUCAAUUAGCAAAGUCAAAAGACCCACUCAAUUGGUGAAUAGGGGGCUGAUGUUGAGAGUUUCCAAUGAGCAGAACUUCUUUCUAUGUUUUGCCAAUGAUCCUUUUGUUUAAGCAUGUGUUCCUUGCAUGUUAAACUUGCA